AUGGCGACGGAUUGUGAAGCUGCCACCAAAUCAGGUGUGACGACCACGAUCGCUCUGGCAAGAGUUCUAUGUUUUGCUGCUCUGGCAGCUGUAGCCUCUGCCCAGUUUGAACAUGGCUAUGGUCAUGAACACCAUGGUCUUGAACACCACGGCCAUGAACAUCACGGCCACGAACAUGGCCAUGGCUUCUCGUCGCAGCACAUCUCCCGACACGACGGCAAACCCGAGAAAGUCAGUGUUCACUUACAUGGAGAUGAACAUGGUCAUGGACACGGUCACGGUCAUGAACAUCAUUAUGAUUAUUAUGCUUACCCUAAAUAUGAGUUCGAGUACAAAGUGGAGGACAAGCACACCGGCGACCACAAGACCCAGCAUGAGCACCGCGAUGGAGACGCCGUGAAGGGCUUCUACUCCCUGCAUGAGCCCGACGGCUCUGAAAGGCACGUCGACUACCACAGCGACAAGCACAAUGGUUUCCACGCCACUGUGAAGCACAGCACCCAUCAUCUGGUCCCCGAACAUCAUUUGAGCGUUGAGUUUGACAACAGCAACACACAACUAAAGAUGAUCUCAAAGGUACUGUGCUUCGUUGCUCUGGUGGCUGCAGUAGCCGCUCAGUCCGACCAAGGCCACGGCCACCACCACGGCUACUCUUCGCAGCACAUCUCGCGUCACGACGGCAAACCAGAAAAAGUCUCUGUUCACGUAAAAGACAAACACGGACACGAGCAUGAAAUUCACGAUUACUACGCCUACCCUAAAUACGAGUUCGAGUACAAGGUGGAGGACAAGCACACCGGCGACCACAAGACCCAGCACGAGCACCGCGAUGGAGACGUCGUGAAGGGCUUCUACUCCCUGCACGAGCCUGAUGGUUCCGAAAGAAAAGUCGACUACCACAGCGACAAGCACACUGGUUUUCACGCUACUGUGAAGCACAGCACUCACCACCUGGUCCCUGAAAAGCAUCACCACCACCACUAAAAUUAAUAAAAAGUUGUUUUUGAUUACUUCUAGUUAAAAAUGUUCUGUUGCC